AGGAGCCACUUAGAGAGAGAGAGAGAGAGAGACAGCUUUCUGUCUCUGAAAAACCAUGGAUUGUUCACAGUAAAAGCUUGAGCAUAUACAGAUACCCACAUGGUGGUAUACUGUGGAAGACUUAGCUCGUGAGAGCUUUGGUCAUAGUGAGGACAAGAAGAGAGAGAGAGAGAGAGAGAGAGAGAGAGAGAGAGAGAGGGAGAGAGAGGAUGAAGACGCCAUGUUGUGAGAAGAUGGGGAUGAAGAAAGGGCCAUGGACUCCGGAGGAAGACCAGAUCCUGAUCUCUCAUAUCCACCAGUUUGGCCAUGGAAACUGGCGUGCACUUCCUAAACAAGCAGGUCUGUUGAGAUGUGGGAAGAGUUGCAGACUCCGGUGGAUAAACUACUUGCGGCCCGACGUGAAACGAGGGAACUUCACCGACGACGAGAGAGACACCAUCAUCCACCUUCAUCAAGUUCUGGGCAACAGAUGGUCGGCCAUAGCCUCGAAGUUGCCGGGGCGAACGGACAAUGAAGUAAAGAACUUCUGGCACACCCACCUGAAGAAACGGGUGCUCCACACCCCACCCAACUCAACUCCCUUCAACAUGAACCCAACUCAUUGCACCACCCUCGAUCACUCACUCCAGAAUCCGACCUCCGCCCCGGCGCAAGGGUUUCAAGAACCAUCAUCGACGGCGUCACCAUCGGAGCCGGACCCCUCGAUAGCAGCUCGUGUGAACAUCAAGAGCAACUCGCAAGCUGCACUGCCGUCUUCUCACGCCCGGAAGAUCGCAAGGACGAAAAGGAAUCCCGUCGCUGGUUCGGCCUCAGCAUUCCCGACAUCUCCCGGGGAGAAAACGGACUCGCAACGAGGCGGGCAGAGAGUUCCGGGCGAGAAGGGAGACGAGGACAUGGAGUUCUGGUACAGUCUUUUGGUGAGAGCAGGAGACGGACAUCAUCAGUUGGAGAACACAGCCGGGACGCCGUAGGAAGAAGCAGUCGGAGUUCAAGAAUGACGAGCGCCUUUUCUUGUCGGACACGUGUUUUGGAUUGUGGUGUGGACCAAAAGUUAUCUUUUUUUCCUAUAUCCUUAUCUGAUUUCAUUUGUCAAAAUCUUCAGAAACCUCGCGGAUUAAGCUUGUCAUUAACGUCAAACUAGGACUUUUAGACUUUUGAUU